AUGUCCAGCACCACCGUGGAACCGGCAUCGGUUGAGAUCCAAACUCCUGCCGACCCGCAUCAAUAUGACUAUGACCGCCUCACGCCUUACGAGCACCCGCCCGUCACCAAGGAAGACCUUCCCUGGGCCGAGCUCGUCACCCUCGACCUCGAAGACUACGCCCGCCCCGGCGGCAAAGAACGACUCGCCGCCCAACUCGAGCACGCCGUCCACCACGUUGGCUUCUUUUACGUCAAGAACUUCGGCCUGAGCCAGGAAGAAGUCGACCACCAGUUCACACUGGCCAAGCACUUUUUCGAGCUCCCCGUGUCUGAGAAGGAAAAAUAUGAGAUCAACUACGCCUCGGCCGACUACAACGGCUGGCGCCGCCCGGGCCGCUCGCUGCAAGCCAAGGUCAAAGACAACGUGGAAAUCUACAACUUCGCCAAAUUCACGCCCGACUUCGCGGGCAAGUACUCGCAACCGCCGCUCUUGCAAGCCCACAUAUCCGAGAUCGAACACUUCCACCGCACACUGCACGCCAACGUGGUGCCCCCACUGUUGCGCCUGUUCGCCAUCAUUCUCCGCCUCCCGGAUGAGGACUAUCUGGCCCGCCGGCACACAUACGAGAAGAAAUCGGAAGACCACUUCCGCUACAUGCUGUAUUACCCACGCAGCGACACCGAGUGGGAAGCCAGCAAUUACGGCAAAGGCGGUGGCCACACCGACCUCGGGUCCGUGACGCUCUUGUUCCGCCAGCCCGUGGCCGGCCUACAGAUACUCAACGACGAGGACGGCGAGUGGCACUACGUCGCAGCCCAACCCGGCACCAUCACCGUCAACCUGGCCGAUACACUCUCCCAUCUCACGGGCGGAUGGCUGAAGAGUUCGGUCCACCGUGUCGUGGCCCCGCCCGCUGACCAGCGCGAGUACAAGCGCACAGGACUCUUGUACUUUGCCCGCCCACAUAAUGACACCGUGCUCGUUCCCAUCACCGACUCGCCUGUCCUGCAAGCCGCGGGCGUAAAGCCCCGGUUCGACAAGCUCGUCACCAUGGAAGAGUGGGUCCGCGCCAAACAGACUCUCCAAUUAAAUCCAGAGAUCGCGGCGAAGAGAUGGGCGGAAAAUGGAGAUGGCACCGUUGAGGUACUUGCGGGAUUCCAUGAUAGGAAAUAUAAGGAAUGA